GAUAACAUCUUCGUGUGGCCGCAUUCGUAACUGUAUUUGUACAUAUCCUUCGCAAUGUCGUUGUUCGGAGACGACGAGUCUUUGCCAUCUCCAGCUCCAGCGUCCAAGUCUCGAUUAUCUUUAUUUGAUGAUGAGCCAACGUCAACACCCUCGAAGUCUGGCUUGUUCGCAGACGACGAUAAUGGCCCUUCUCCGUGGGGUCUGCCAACGCCAAAGAAAGCUGGCCGAGGAGAAUUAAUCAAGAAUUUACUUCCUGCCUCUGACGUUCCGGAUAGCUACAUUGAUACUUUUGACACCAUCCUCAAGAACGGUGAUGGCGCAGGAGGAAAGAUCAGUGCUGCCGGGGUCACAAGAGUGCUCAGUGACGGCAAACUAUCUGCAGACAAUCAAAGCCGUAUUCUAAGUAUUGUCGGAUCUGGAGAACUGAGCAGAAAUGAGUUCAACGUACUACUCGCAUUGAUUGGAUUAGCGCAAGAGAACGAAGACAUCACUCUAGAUGGUGUUGACGAGAGACGCAAGAAUCUGCCAGAACCAAAUCUGCCGAGCUUAGCUUCACGUGCAGCAUUUGCUGGAGUGAGUGAAUUAGCAGCCAAGCCAGCUCAAAGACCAGCUUCACCACCACCACCUCCUCCCGCGGCUAAUACGGUAUCACCUCAACGACCUCGUACAAUGAAGAGAAAUUCACUCGACUUUCCGGAAGCUGACCCAUGGGCCAGCCCAGCGUUACAUAAAGGCCACAACCACGAACCGCUCCCGCAAACAAAUGGCAUACCAAGGCCAAGUAAUGGAAGUAGGGAGCCGACAAGAACCACGAGCAACUUCACAACAGCCUCUACAGACGGUUCCAAUGGUAGAUCUGGCCAACCAUCCGAAGACCAGUCUGCUCCCACAAGUGGUGUUUGGGGCUCGUACGACGGAAGCUCGAGCGCGCCCUUCAGGGACUCUGGGGAAACAACCAUUGGGGAUGGUGGGUAUGAUGGCUCAGGAGGUGGGGGAGAACGACCUGCACCGGACCCCAUUCGGUCAUUUGGCGGUGGUCGAGUCACGAGCGGACCUGAAGAAACUGUGGUCAUAACUCUAUUGCCCGAGAAAGAGGGCAUGUUUAUGUUCCAGCAUCAUAACUACCAGGUUGCAAGUGCCCGUCGAGGGAGCAAAGUAGUGAGACGUUAUAGCGAUUUUGUCUGGCUCCUCGAUUGCCUUCACAAACGAUUCCCCUUCAGAGUUUUACCACUUCUACCACCAAAGAGAGUUGGAGUGAACGGUAAUCACCUUGCGGCCGAUAGUACCUUCAUUGAGAAGAGACGAAGAGGGCUUGCGCGAUUUGCGAACGCUUUGGUCCGACAUCCCGUGCUCAGCCAAGAACAAUUGGUUAUCAUGUUUUUGACAGUUCCUACGGAGCUUGCCGUAUGGCGCAAGCAGGCGACAAUAUCAGUACAGGAAGAGUUCACUGGCAAAUCUCUCCCCCCAGGACUUGAAGAUUCUUUGCCGCCGACUUUGGAUGAUCUCUUUGACAGGACUCGAACUGGGGUUCGUAGAUCUGCAGAAGUUUACAUCAACCUUUGCAACCUGCUGGACCGGCUUACCAAGCGCAACGAAGGUCUUGCGGCAGAUUCACUACGGCUCUCGCUCUCCUUUCAAUCUCUUGCUGAUGUAUCGGAAGAUACUUACGCCACUGACACAAAUGACUGCCCACUUCUUAACGAAGGGCUUCAUGCCACCGCCAAACACCUUUCGAACAGCCAGAGCCUCCUAGAGGACGAGGCUCGAGCUUGGGACCUAGGUGUGCUUGAAGAUAUGAAAAGGCAACGUGACUCAUUAGUCAGCGUAAGGGAAAUGUUCGAUAGGAGAGAUCGAUAUGACCGGGACAACAUUCCUGCGCUGGAGCGAAGGAUACAAAAUAAUGAGAACAAGCUCAUUGCUAUUAGAGCAAAGCCAGAAGUCAAGCCAGGAGAGAUUGAAAAAGUCACCGAUGCCAUAAUCAAGGACAAGGAAUCCAUCGUCGCACAACACGCUCGAGGAGUAUUCGUGAAAGAAUGUAUUCGAGAUGAGCUGGUUUAUUUCCAAUCAACGCAAUACCACGUCAGCAGAACGCAUCAAGAUUGGGCGCAAGAGCGUGUAAAGUAUUCUGAGCUUCAGGCCGACAACUGGAAGCAAUUGCAUGAUGAGCUCGAGAGCAUGCCGGUGGGCGAAUAAGUUUGUAUGGGGGACGUUCGGCCGGCGUUGGGGAGUUGUUGCAUCUGCUCUAUGCUUGCUUUUGCAUAGGUGGACACCUGGUAGCCUUCGAUUUAGGAAGCAGUAGUUGUUCGUUCGAUUAGCGUUGUAUAGAUAUGAUUCAUUGACGGAGAUAAUUCUUUGCGGUCGUUGAUAACUCGACUCCAGCAUAAAUUUGCACUUGAAAGUAUUGAC